AUGAUCACCGCCCCGGACGGAAGAGGGGUCAAACGCCGGGCAGCGUGCGAUGAGUGCAGGAGCAAGAAGCUCAAAUGCACCGGCACACGCCCCUCCUGCUCUCGCUGUGCCCGGGAAGGCAUCCCAUGCGUCUACAGCCCGCAAAGCCAGAUGGGAAGGCCGAAGAAGCGGGCACGAUUAGAUGCGAACGAGGAGCGGGAUGUCGAUGCUGUGGGAAGCAACAACUGGCCCAGCGUGCAACGAGCGCUGGCUGUGGACGUGGACGUGGACGUGGACCUAGACGGCGACGACUGGCUGCAAAGCACAGACUGGACUGUGCCAUCUGAAUACGCCAUCCCCGGCCUCACCCCGGACGCUGUCACCAACAGCCCACCCGUGCUCAACCUCCCGCCGGAGCUUCUCGCAACGACUCAUGGCCAUUCUCCCAACUACUUUGCAAGUCCACACGUCGACGCAAGCACCAACCUCCUCCUCGACCCUUCCUUCUCGGGCCCAACCCGCUUCGAUCCCGCCAACGCUCCCACCAACGUGCCCUCUUGCGCGUGCCUCAGCAAUCUAUACCUAACCCUCUCCACCCUCUCCACCCUCCAACCACCCCUAACCUUCCCCUUCGCCCUUCAUCCCCUCCGCGCCGCGCUGCAAACAGCUUCAGAGGUCAUAGAUUGCGACAAGUGUCCCAAGCGUUUCUUAACCGCCGUCCAGAACACCCAGCUCCUCGGCACGCUUCUCCUAAGCAUCGCGGAGCGGUACGGCAAAGUCCUCGACUCCAUCACCGCUGAAGCCAUCCGCGCGGAAACGGCGGGCGAGGGGAAGAGAUUCCGGCUCGCGGACCUGAACACGCCUACCUCGCAUUUACAUGCUGGUGGACUGGGCUGUGCGGCCGCAUUCUCGAUCGGGUUGUCGCCAGCGGAGUGGAGAGGGAUGGGUAAGAAGGUCGUGCGUGCCGAGGUCUACGGUCCGGGCGAAUGUUGUCCGCAUCUGGUAGGCGUCAUUGAGCGGAUGGAGCGAAGACAGAUGCGCUACCACGAGAGCGACGAGUGUUUGCCGGAGGACUUUCCGAGAGACGCUGAGACGGGCGUGAAGUUGGGCGGGAAGUGUAUUGCGAAGGAGGACCAUGUGUGUUUAAAGUUAUGCGUGUUCGCGAGGAGGUUGGUGGAGGGGUUCGAUUGGUCGUAG